AUUCAGGGCUCGGUGAUUUCAGGAAGUCACUGGAACAUAAAUAUCAGUUCAGGGAAAGCAAACAACUUCUCCAUUUUUUUGUGUCUUUCCACAGAGCUGCCAUAAGGAAGCAAAGCAUCAUUAUUGUUUCUUUCAGUUCUCAGCAUAAAAGGAAGUAACACUUAAUAAAAGCCAUUGGCUGCAAGAUUUCAUAAGAGAGAGAGGCAGAGAGAGAAGGAGCAGCACGCUGUGGAGAAGCAGGUGUGAUUCAUGAAUAAACUGCUGCUUGCCACCCUGUAGGAUACUGAUGAAACAAAUAGAAUUUCCCCAGACAUGGAUAAUACAAGAACAGCAGAUGCUUUUUCACAGUUAAGCCAGGAAAAAAUCCUCAAAAUUAUGAACAUGGUGAAAAAUAAAGAAGUGAGCAUCGAAGGAGCUCUGCAUUUGGCACAGAAGGAGGUGUGUGCUGAAAAGGACCCACAGGAUUCAUUAACUGGGUCCCAAUUUAACUUCAUUAUCUACAAAUACAAACACUACCGGUGGCAGAAACGAAUUUUGCAGCUUGAUUUCAACACCAGGACCAUUUUUAACAUCGAGAAAGGGAUCAUUAAGAAGCAGUUCCCUUUCUCCCAAGUCAAAGGCUGCGAGGAUGCUGAGAGGAGGCGCUUCAGCAUCGUCUUCCACGGGAGGCAGGACUAUGAGCUGGAGGCUGUGUCCCUUGAUGACAAAAGGAAGAUAAUCUACCUGCUGAGCAGAGUUAUACAGAGAAAUUCUUGCAAGAGACCAGUGGAGUCCUGCCCUGGGAGACCUGCAGAAUGUGAUGUGAUCCACGAAGGGCUGCUGGAUCUGCAGCAGAACACUGCAACCUCCACUGAAUGGGUGAAGUGCCUGGCACAGCUGCGGGAAGGAGAAUUGGCUUUGUACGGGCUGGGGACAGCUCCUGCCACAGCCACAAUCCCUCUGGCAGCUGGGAACGUGGGGAUCAGCAGGGACAGUGGCUGCAGCACCUUCUCCCUUCACACCAGGGAUCACCAUUAUCUGUUCCGGCUGCCCCUGAGCGUGCAGAACAGCGGGGCAGAGGGAGCGGGCAGGCUGCGGGAGUGGCUGGCUCUCCUGGAAGGGCACAGCCAGCCGGGCAGCGCUGCCCCCCGGCCCCUGCAGGCGCCUCCAGCGUGCAGCUCCCCCGAGGCUGACUAUGAGGAAUUCCUGCCCUGCAGCCUCUCUGCAGCAGCAAAGAGAACCAAAGCCUUCCACUGGGAUGUCGUUCCUUGUGACAAGAUUCAAAAAUCUGUCUGGGGAUCGUGUGACCCAUGCAAGAGAAAAAUAGAUGUGUGCAGGCUCUGUGAGCAGUUCCAGAUCCAGGACACAGCAGUGCUUCUGGGCAGUGAGCCUGCAGUGAAUCAGCACAUCCUGCUGGACAGAAAAGUUGCACAUAACUUCAACAUUUUUCUUAAAAGUUUCCGUAUAAAACCAAGUGAGCUGAAGGACAAACUGUUCAUCAUCCACGAGGAGAGUGGAGGGCUCACAGAUGAGCAGAUUACAGCACUGAGGAGAUAUUUGCCCACACCCAAAGAUGCAGAAAGGUACCUGUCCUUCAAGGGGUCCUGCUCAGAGCUGCACGUGGUUGACCAGUUUAUGUUAGAGAUGUGUAAAAUCCCUCAGCUGGGCCAGAGGCUGGAUCUGCUGCUCAGUGUCCGUGAGCUCCCCGAGAGCAUCAGAGACCUGGAGCCUCUGAUAAUCCAGAAUAUCCAAGCAAGCAAGCAGCUGCAAUCCAGCCCAAAGUUCGUUGCAGUCUUGGAGUACAUUUUGGCCAUGGGGAACCACCUGAAUGAAAAAGCUGGGAAGGAGGUGGCUAAAGGAUUCAGAUUGUCAUCUCUGGCCAAGCUGCCUCUGCUGAGGGGCAGGGAGAGGAUGUUCACCCUUCUGCACGCCCUGGUGGAGCAGAUCCUCUCCCAUGAGCCCGAGCUGGCCACCUUUCCUCAGGAGCUGACAGAGUUUGAAGCUGUUCCCGAUGCGUCCAUGAAGGGCCUCAGUGCUGAAGUUGAUGUUUUAAAAAAAGAAUUGGAGAACCUUAUCCAGUGCAGGAGGCUCCUUAAACCCAAAUCAAGCAAGGCAACACCCCAGGAGUCCCAGUUCAGCAAGGAGCUGAAGGAUUUAAUUCAGAAAUAUGAAGGGGAUCUCUCCCAGCUGUCAAAAAGAUGUGAGGAAAUGAAGAAGCUUUAUAGCAACGUCCUGGUGAGGUUUGGGGAGCCACCAGACCUGGACUCCCAGGAACUCUUUGGAUGGAUAUCUGCAUUCAUCAGUGAGUUUAGGAAGGCAUGUACUGAAGUCACACUGUAAGAGCACAGAUUUUAUGGAGAGGUGAAGGAAAGGGGAGGCCAGAGAACAAUUUUUAAUUUUUUUUUCUUUACUGAUAAGCAGCGCAUUGCCAAUCUCACCUGUGCAGCAGAGCACCUUGGUUUUGAGAGAAAUUCAAUUUAUAAUGUGUAAUAUUAAGUGGUAUUUAACCUGUAAUAUCCCAGAUCACUUAGGAGCCUCUCAAUUUUGUGCUUUCAUAUCUUGAGAUUCCCAUAUACUGAGAAAAAAACCACUUUUGACCUUUUAUAAUUUCUCUUUUCAAUCUUUUCCUUUGAAUGCCCCAGCUCCUUAUCCAGUUUUAAUUAUUAUUUUCAAUGAGUAAUU